GCAGUCCGCGAGCUGUCGUCGGCUCCGCGCGGGGGGGGGGCGGGCCGGGCACCCCGGGGCGCGGAGGAGCGCUCCCUGCUUCUCUCUCCUUUCCCCCCACCCCGCACUCCCGGGCAGCCCCGAGAACGGUCCGCGCCGCUCCCCCGUCCCUGCCGUCGCGUCCCCCGGCAAACUUUCGGUCCCUCCCCCGCCCCUCACCCGUUAUUCGUCGUGGCUCGAGCCCGGCCGCGCCGCCCCGAGGGCUCCUCCGGACCUCCCCGCCCGCAGCUCCGACCAUUACGGGAUCCAGAAACAUGUCGACCACACUUCUGUCCGCCUUCUACGAUAUCGACUUCUUGUGCAAGACGGAGAAAUCCCUGGCCAACCUCAACCUGAACAUGCUGGACAAGAAGGCGGUGGGGACGCCCGUGGCCGCCGCCCCGAGCUCGGGCUUCACGCCGGGCUUUCUCCGACGGCACUCGGCCAGCAACCUGCACGCGCUCGCCCACCCCGCGCCCAGCGCCGGCAGCUGCUCGCCCAAGUUCCCGGGCGCGGCUAACGGCGGCAGCUGCGGCGGCGGGGCGGCGGGCGGCCCGGCCUCCUACGGCACCCUCAAGGAGCCGUCGGGGGGCGGCGGCACCGCCCUGCUCAACAAGGAGAACAAGUUUCGGGACCGCUCGUUCAGCGAGAACGGCGAGCGCAGCCAGCACCUCUUGCACCUGCAGCAGCAGCAGCAGCAGAAGGGGGGCGGCGGCGGCGGCGGCGGCGGCUCCCAGAUCAACUCGACCCGCUACAAGACUGAGCUGUGCCGGCCCUUCGAGGAGAGCGGCACGUGCAAGUACGGCGAGAAGUGCCAGUUCGCGCACGGCUUCCACGAGCUGCGCAGCCUCACCCGGCACCCCAAGUACAAGACGGAGCUGUGCCGCACCUUCCACACCAUCGGCUUCUGCCCCUACGGGCCGCGCUGCCACUUCAUCCACAACGCGGACGAGCGGCGGCCCGCGCCGUCGGGGGGCGCCUCCGGGGACCUGCGCGCCUUCAGCGCGCGGGACGCGCUGCACCUGGGCUUCCCCCGCGAGCCGCGGCCCAAGCUCCAUCACAGCCUCAGCUUCUCGGGCUUCCCGUCGGGCCACCACCAGCCCCCGGGCGGCCUCGAGUCGCCGCUGCUGCUCGACAGCCCCACGUCGCGCACGCCGCCGCCGCCGCCCUCCUGCUCCUCGGCCUCGUCCUGCUCCUCGUCCGCCUCGUCCUGCUCGUCGGCCUCCACGCCCUCGGGCGCCCCGACGUGCUGCCCCUCGGCCGCGGCCGCCGCGGCGCUGCUGUACGGCAGCGGGGGCGCCGAGGACCUGCUGGCGCCGGGCGCCCCGUGCGCGGCCUGCUCGUCCGCCUCGUGCGCCAACAACGCCUUCGCCUUCGGCCCGGAGCUGAGCAGCCUCAUCACGCCGCUCGCCAUCCAGACGCACAGCUUCGCCACGGUGGCGGCCGCGUACUACCGCAGCCAGCAGCAGCAGCAGGGCCUGGGGCCGCCCGCGCCGCCGCCCGCGCCGCCCGGCGCGCCCCUCCCCGCCAGCGCCGCCGCGCCGCCCUCGCCGCCCUUCAGCUUCCAGCUGCCGCGCCGCCUGUCCGAGUCGCCCGUGUUCGACGCGCCCCCGAGCCCCCCGGACUCGCUGUCGGACCGCGACAGCUACCUGAGCGGCUCCCUGAGCUCGGGCAGCCUCAGCGGCUCCGAGUCCCCCAGCCUCGACCCCGGCCGCCGCCUGCCCAUCUUCAGCCGCCUGUCCAUCUCCGACGACUGAGGCAAGAGGGCGCCAGCGAGGAGGAGGAGGAGGAGGAGGAGGAGGAGGAGGAGGAGGGGAGGCCAGGCCGCCCCGGGGGUGUUGGAGGGCGCCCCGGCCGCCUGCAGACUGCGGGGCCGCACCGAGCACUUGGACUCGAACUUGUGUGCCGGGAGGGGCCCCCACCCCUCCCCCUUUCGGUUUCCUCUUUUUUUUUUUUUUUUUAAUUAUUUUUAUUAUUAUUACGAAGUUUUCAUUCUUGUUGAGCAAAACAAAGCCAACGAACUUUUGUAUUGAUGAACAAAAAUAUUCACAACAGGGCAGUUGUGAUGCGAACAGAACAAAAAAAAAAAAAAAGAAAAACCAAACACUUAAACUUUUUUAGGUCUCCUAGGAGUUUGGGACUUUAGGAAAAAAAUAAAAUAAAAUCAACCCAGCACCAGCAGCUACCAACCACCAUUCCAUAUCUUCACUUGAAAAGCAUUAGUUACAGUCCAGAUGUGGGAACUCUUAUCUUGAAGUUCCUAAUUGUCGUUUGUCUCAGACCAGUGUAAACAAACCAGCCAGCCACCACCUUGCUAAACCUCUAAGCUUCUGGAAUCCAACAUUCUACCAGGAAUAUGCCUUGAUUGUAGUCCUCAGCUCCCUAGGUUUUUGUUUGUUUGACACCAAGUUUUUUUGUCUGGGAAAAAAAAAAACACCUGCAUUCCAAAGUUUCCUACUGGUUACUGGUUUCAUUGCCACCA